AUGAACCGGUUUCAGAACAUCAGGCGCAUGGAGUCACUCCAGGGACCCUCAAAAUGGGUCCCCACUCUGGGCGAGCUGCAGAAGACCCUCCAGAAGGGCGAGUACCUGCCCCUCCGCCCGCUGCCCAUGUUCGAGAGUAACUUUGUCCAGGUGACCAAUCAAGGGGCCCCCGUGUACGUGCACCACAGAACCAACCGUCUGACCAUGGGCGUGGCUGCCUCCUUGCCAGGCCUGGUACUGCCAGACAUCCUGCUGAUCGCUCAGCCUGGAGAGGGCAAGGAGUGCUCCCACCUCGUCCUUACCAGGAUGCUCCCGCUGGACCUGGCCCACCUCUAUGUGCAUGAUCUGUCUGCCUGGCGCCUUAAGCUGCGCCUGAUCACAGGCCGUUACUACUACCUGGAGCUGGACGCCCCUGGUAACGAGGCUGGCUUCCUGUUUGACCGCUGGAUCCGUCUCAUCAACCUGCUCCAUGAGCCUGCCACAACCUGGGCCCCCAGGACUCUGAAUACACCCACCACGGACCUGGCCCAUGUGGUACCUCCGGCCUCCACCUGGCGCCUCCAGGCCCAGCCCCAGUGCAGACGCUCAGUCAUGAUUGUCGAGCCCACCUUUCCUUACAAGUUAAUGGCAUCUCAGAGACAGAAGAAGACCAAGACCCUCAAGCGCAGAUUCAAGUCUCAGGCCGUGGGCGACUCUGUGCCCCUCAUCUGGUCGCGUCUGGAGCAUGCUGAAGCUAAAAAGAAAUCUGCAGAAAAGUCCCAACCAAAACUCUACGCUGACACAUCUCGGACGAAAAUCCAGGUUUCUGAGAAGCCCAGCAUCACCAUCCGUACCAUCUUCAGCAUCAUUUCCGACACCAUCAACAACACACAGUCCUCUUCCAAGGCAGCUAUUUACUGGGGGCCCAACUCUUGGUCUGAGGGAGGAGGACCUGGGGGCCUGGACUUCUGGGGUUACUCCUCUGACUCUGAGGUGGGCAUGGUCCUGGGAGGUUUAGUGGAGACCCCUGUCCGCUGUAUCUCGGAGGGCAGCCGUGAGCCUUCCUUGCUGGGCUCAUAUGGUCGCUUGAACUCAUACCUGUGGCGGCAGGCCAUUGAAGACCUGAUGGACCCGGAUUCCAGCACCUUGUCCUCUUCCGUCUUCUGCCCAGCCCCCGGCCCUCCGGCCUUCCCCCUCCCUGCCACUCUCUCCUUCCAUAAGCACAAAGGAGAGGCUGGGCACAGGCAGCGGCUGCCACUCUCCCAGAAGAUGCUGUCUACCCGUGCUACCCCUUCGAAAGUUCCAUUCAUCCUCGACCAGUCCAAGAAGGUCUCAGCAGCGCGUGCUCCAUCCCAGAAGACCUCGACCGCCCCUGGCCCUGGCCCAUCCCGGAGGGCCCCAGCUGCACCUGUGGCUCCUCAGAAGGCCCCAGUAGCACGUGGCCCGUCCCGGAAGGCCGCACCUGCGUCGGCUACUUCCCCGAAGGCCCCAGCGGUACAUGGCACAUCCCGGAAGGCCCCACCUGCUUCGGCUAGUCCUCAGAAGCCUCCAGCCGUACCUUUCCCAUCUCCAAAGUCCCCACGCAUACAGGCUCUUCCCCCAAAGGCUGUGUCCCCCACUCGCCAAAGGAGGAAAUCUUUCUUCCUCCCUACCCCAUCCCAGAAGGCUGUGACCUCACCUAGUCAGUACAAGAUGACACUGGAUGGGGCCGAUUUUGGCAUGGUGCCUGAAUUAAGUCCUAAAAGGGAUGGGCUUGAGAGAAGGAAGCAUGAAGGGACGCCACAGCCCAUGUUGUACUUGGGCACCCAGGAGAUGGACGUGCUAGAGACGAGGACCCAGAGAACAUCCAUGGAGCUGCCUUUCGCCACCACGAAGAAGCAGUCAGAGGAAGUCGUGAUCAGCAAAGCCCGGGAGAUCACCGUGGAUGGCCUGAAGGGCAGGGGCACGUUGGAGGACAGGGUCCACAAAAAGAAGGAGAAAAUAUCCCUGGACAUGCCCGGCUUCAAAUCCAAGGAGAGAGGAGAGCAGCAGAGGUGGCUCAAGACCCAGGAGCUGGCCAUUGAGGGAGGCCCAGAGGAACAGAGCAGGCCCUUCUCGGUGGAGGGGCUCACCCUUGCCAAGAUGAUGAUCAUGGCCAACUGCAAGGAGCCACCCCAGAGACCAGCUGCAGUCGGUCUGCCCUCCUGGCUCUCAGCUCCCCAGGCGUCUGCUAUGUCAACAGAGGGCACAGUGCCCUUCAGCCCCCGUCACGUGUCCUCCCUGGAGGGGAAACUGGGGGCGGUUAGGGAGCAGUCCCCAGUGGGCUCCUGGGUGCCCUCGACAGAGGGGACACUGGUGGGGGUUAGAGAGCAGUCCCCAGUGGGCAUCUGGGUGCCCUCGCUGGAGGGGAUACCAGUGGGGGUUAGGGAGCAGUCCCCGGUGGGCACCUGGGUAAAGGGGAAAAUGCAUCAGUGGGCAGAGAGAAGCAAGCAUCACUGGGUGAAGGAGCUUUCUCAGGACACAACAGGGCCUUCCGAAGUGCCCUACCUCACGGAGCUGGAGAUGGACAGUGUCUCCCAGUCUCCCAUCCCUCUGCCCGCGUCGGAGUGGGAGGGUGCACCCUGGUUGCCCAUCUCUCUGACCCCCAUCUCUGAGAUGGAGGCUGGGGUGUCCCCACAGCUCACCAGUGUAUCUCAAGAGCCUCAAGAGCCCAAGAAGAUGUCAGAUCCGAGCCCUCUGACCACGACCAGGUUGUCCUCAGAGGCUCUCUCACCCUCGCCCUUGGAAGUGGAGAGUGUGAUGGACAUGGCUACCAAUGGGGAGAAGACAGAGGAACAGGAUGUCUUCAGUGCUUCAGCCAGGUACUUGGGGUGA